AUGUGCUGCUUGGAUGGCGAAGGAUUUCAUACAGCUUUGAGGUCGCCCCUAACCAAAAGGCCUGCACGUCGUACUUUUAUGCGACAAAUGUUCCAAGCUCUGGUGAUCGCUGGUAUCAUUGUGGUCGUCUUUUUCUUUGGACGUGAUAUGGUAUCACCUAGCAACGUGGCUACUAUCGAUAUGGGGGAUAUAGAUUUGUUGCAAUCUUCACUAUGCAGCAACCAUAGCCAGCAGCAGCAACAGCAGCGCCUUACUACGACAACAACAUCAUCCCAAGGAGCACGACGUGUUUUAUCAGAAUACGACAUGGCUCAACAUUUGCAACCUGAAACGUCUCCCGAUCAAUUUAUCCCACCAGCAACAUGGCAACGGCAUGCUGUGCGUGGUGCUUUGUAUAUGGUGAUUCGGAAUGAGAAUUUACAAGAUGCACGAGCAGCCAUGAGGAGUGUGGAGGAUCGUUUUAACAAGCAUUAUCAAUACCCCUGGAUUUUGUUGAACAACCAAGAUUUCUCACCUACCUUUCGAAAGUUCAUCCGCAAAGUCACUGAUGCUCCUAUCUUUUUUGGCAAGACUGACAUGGCAGCAUGGGAUUAUCCUAGUUGGAUUGAUAUCCCCUUGGCUGAAAACAAGAUACUCGACAUGACGUUCCGAACCGCAUUGCAUAUGGGUGGUAGUCUCUCGUUCCGAAAGAUGCUUAGGUACCAAUCAGGUCUCUUUAUCCACCAUCCUUUAUUCCGAGACGUUGACUAUGUAUGGCGUGUGGAGCCUGGAGCAGAAUACAGCUGUGAUAUGGAAUUUGAUCCCUUUCGAUUCAUGAAGAAUCAUAACAAGACAUUGGGCUUUGCAAUUACCAUGCGAGAAUCAUAUGACUCUAUUCCCACCCUGUGGUCUACUACACGCGACUUUAUGGAGGAACAUCCGGAACAUUUACUACAAGCCAAUGAGACGAUUAUGCCAUGGAUCACGGAUGAUUUGCGUUCCGAGUACAACAUGUGCCAUAUAUGGUCAAAUUUCGAGAUUGUGGAAACGUCGUUUUUGCGUUCAAAAGCGUAUCAAGAUUACUUUUCGUACCUCGAUCGUAAAGGUGGCUUCUUUUAUGAGCGGUGGGGAGAUGCCCCAGUGCGAACACUUGCAGCAGCCAUGUUCCUUCCACGCAACAAGCUUCAGUUUUUCGAUCGAAUUGGAUAUUCCCAUUCGGUAGCCAACCAUUGCCCUGUCAACCCGGCAUUCAAUCAAAAAUGUAGUUGUGACAAGUUUGAUACAUAUGACCUUCAUCCAGAUAGCUGCACGUCCGAUUUGUUAAGUUAUAUAGAUCAAGCGACACGUGAUGAGAUGAUAUCGUUUGCGAACUCUGUAGCACAAGAAAAAGCACAGCAAUAG